UGCUAAAAAACGAAAACAUAAUUUCGAAUAUUGGAACAUCAACAGGUUUUGAAGAGGAAAAUGAACAGUACGUCACCGGCAAAUUCAUCGAUAUCAACAACUGCAAUAGCGGGCGGAGGCGGUGGCGGCUGGGGAGGAAGUAGCAGUAACACUACUGUUUUCGGGGAGUUUCACUUUCCUUCGAAUCUCAUCUCCAUUCAAGACCGCAAGGACGAGACCAUGCUAGUGUUGAAAUCUGAUCUCCUGGCUGCUCUGAAUAAGGAGGUUAAAUCCAUGGAUGAAGAUAGCUGGAUGUUUGAAGGGCCUCGUUCUCGUAUUAACCUAAUAUCAAAAGGAGGUGGUUUUCUCAACAAGCAGAUGGAAACUACCAGGACCCCAAACUUGGCUCCACCAAAAUGAUUUAGGGUUCUCCAAACGGGUGGCAUCUUGUUUCUGUGGUAUAUCCAGAGAUCUUUUUCCAUAAAACUGCAGAGCUUUAACUUGAUUAGCAUAUAAUGUUACGUGGAUUGUAACAGCCAGAUUGCUUUUAUAAAAGACUGUAUCCUGUAAUUUCAUUUUGAACAAGUGUAAUGUAAGUGAUCUGUUCUGUGCUUUUUUCAAAAAAGGGGAUCAUUCAGUCAAA